UAUAUAAUCGAGCAAAAUCAGCAAGAAGAGAACAGGUGGUGGCUGUAAUUUCAUCAAGAUAGGGUGGGCCCCAACCUUCCGAAAACACUCACAUGCAUGCACUCCAUGUCCAUGCAACCCUUCCCUUCCAUCCCCAACUUCACAUAAACUCAGAUCUUGAUUCUUCACUGGCACCACCUCCCGCUAAAACAUGGUGUUCUCUGCUGAGUGCAGAGUCUCCUUCUCUGCCCAGAGCCAUCCACGCGUCACCACUGGGUUCAACACGCGCAAGAACAGCAUCAAGCUCGGAAGCUUCAGCAAUGGCGAACUCAUGGGGAAGAAGCUCAACACGAUGACCCAGUCGCAAAGUUUUCGUCUUUUACCUCCUAAGAACGUCGCUCGGAAGAGAGUUUUAAUGUCCUUAGCUGAUGUAGCACUCGAAUCGAAGCUACGGAAUCUCGACGAGAAACGGGAUUCAAGAACUGUCGUCGCUGUCAUUCUUGGAGGCGGAGCCGGAACCCGUCUCUUCCCUCUCACUAAACGCCGUGCCAAACCCGCCGUCCCUAUAGGGGGAGCCUAUAGACUGAUCGAUGUUCCAAUGAGCAACUGCAUCAAUAGUGGCAUCAACAAAGUCUACAUUCUCACGCAGUUCAACUCAGCAUCACUGAACAGGCACCUUGCCCGUGCCUACAACUCCAAUGGUGUCGGUUUUGGAGAUGGCUAUGUCGAGGUUCUUGCAGCAACUCAAACUCCAGGAGAAGCUGGUAACAAGUGGUUUCAGGGAACAGCAGAUGCAGUUCGGCAAUUCCAUUGGCUCUUCGAGGAUCCAAGAAGCAAGGAGAUAGAGGAUGUGUUGAUCCUCUCUGGAGAUCACCUCUACAGAAUGGACUAUUUGGACUUUAUACAGAAUCAUCGGCAGAGCGGAGCAGAUAUAAGCAUUUCCUGCAUACCAAUAGAUGACAGACGUGCAUCAGAUUUCGGUCUUAUGAAGAUAGACAGCAAGGGGAGAGUCAUCUCUUUCAGCGAGAAACCUAAAGGAGAUGACCUGAAAGCAAUGGCAGUAGAUACAACUGUACUAGGACUUUCUAAGGAUGAAGCUGAAAAGAAACCAUACAUCGCAUCAAUGGGGGUCUAUGUCUUUAAGAAGGAAAUACUGUUAAACCUCUUGAGAUGGAGAUUCCCAACUGCUAAUGACUUUGGGUCAGAGAUCAUACCCUUCUCAGCUAAAGAAUUCUAUGUCAAGGCUUAUCUCUUCAAUGAUUACUGGGAAGACAUAGGGACAAUAAGAUCAUUUUUUGAAGCAAACCUUGCCCUUACUGAGCAUCCACCGAGAUUUAGCUUCUACGACGCAGCCAAGCCAAUUUACACGUCCAGGAGAAAUCUGCCACCUUCAAAAAUAGACAACAGUAAGAUCAUUGAUUCAAUCAUUUCCCAUGGAAGUUUCUUAACCAACUGCAUCAUCGAGCACAGCAUUGUUGGAAUCAGAUCUAGAAUAAGCAAUAAUGUUCAUUUGAAGGACACGGUUAUGCUUGGAGCAGACUUCUACGAAACAGAUGCAGAAGUUGCAUCAUUGCUUGCUGAAGGAAGGGUUCCCGUCGGAAUUGGAGAAAACACAAAGAUAAAAGACUGCAUAAUAGACAAGAAUGCUAGAAUAGGGAAGAAUGUAAUCAUUGCAAACUCAGAGGGAAUACAGGAAGCAGAUAGAACAUCUGAAGGAUUCUACAUCAGAUCUGGUAUUACAGUUAUCUUCAAGAAUUCAGUAAUUGGAGAUGGGGUGGUGAUAUGAUAUAUUGAAUUCUAGGUUGUUUUCCUACCAUGAGAAUACAGAAAACGAAAAGAUGGACAAGUAUGGUUACUGAAUAAAGAAAAGCCCAUGAUUCUAUAAGCAAAUGAUCCUGCUUUCAGUGCCAUACUGCCAUUUUGUUAGAUAAUGAUGUAAACCUUCCCACGGAUAUUUCCAAGUUCUGUCAACUAAUCGCAUUAAGUUGAA